AUGGUACUGGCAUUUCCAUCUCUAUCAUCAGAAAGCCCAUGUCCAAGUUACCUAGAUCUGGCCAAAAUCUUAUUUGCCCCCCCUUCUAAUUACUGCAAGCUUAAUUUUGAUGGCUCUAAAAUUAGUAAUGGGAAUGCUUCCUUAGGUUUUAUUAUUCGUAAUAAUUCUGGGGAGGUUCUCCUAGCUGGUGCCAAGUCUUUGGGGCCUCAUAUUUCUAUUUUGCAAGCUGAAGCUUGGGCUCUUAGAGAAGGAGUUAAAGGAGCUAUUUCUCUUGACAUUUCUAAUAUUAUUAUUAAAGGAGACAACUUAGCUGUUGUUAAUUCUAUGAAGAAUGAUUGGCGUAUUCCGUGGGAAAUUUCUAACAUUGUGAAAGAUGCAGGUGUGGCUACACGAUGGUUUCAGGACUGUCAGUUCCGGCACUGCUUCCGCAAAGCUAACAAGGCUGCUGACUUCAUGGCUAGAAAGGCUCAUGCCUACCCCUCCUUACUGUACUGGUUCCCCCCGUAUUGUUUGGAUUUUUCCCUCAUCAUCCGAAAGGAUGUUUUAGGCUGGCUCCCAGAUUAG